AUGCAGAACUCAACUGAGAUUGUGUCUUUUGUGCUGGGUGCCUAUGGUAACAUUGGACACUUAAAGUACUUAUAUUUCAGCAUAAUGUUGUUAUGGUACCUUUCCAUAUGUGUGGCCAACAUGGUUGUAAUUGUGGUUAUAUAUGUGGACCGAAGGCUGCAUGAGCCAAUGUAUAUAUUACUUUGUAAUUUAUUUGUGAAUGAAAUAAGUGGAAGCACAUCACUGUAUCCUCUUCUGCUCUCACAGAUGUUUUCAGAUACCCAUGAAGUGACUCUUCCAUGGUGCUUUCUGCAGAUGUGUUAUAUCUACACAUCAGCUUCUGUUGAGUUUUGCAGUUUGGCAGCCAUGGCCUAUGACAGAUACGUCUCUAUCUGUUACCCUUUGCACUACAGUGCCAUUAUGAACACAGGAAGAGUGGCAAUAAUCAUUCUGUUUAUAUGGAUCUAUUCAUUUGUUAAUUUCAUAUUCUCACUUCCAUUCCUUGUCAGUUUAAAAUUUUGUGGAAAUGUCAUUGACAAAGUGUUUUGUGACCCCCACUUAAUAAUGAAAUUAGCAUGUUCAGUUACAAUACUCAACAACAUAUCUGACCUAGUGUUUGCCUUUGUGACAGUUGUUCUUCCAUUCAGUCUCAUUUCAGUCUCUUACGUGAAGAUUUUGGCAGUUUGUUUAAAAACGUCUAAAGAAAACAAACAAAAAGCCAUCACCACCUGCACACCUCAGAUUUUUUCAGUGUCAAACAUGUUUGUCGGCACCAUGUUUCACUUUGUUGAUUCCAGAUUUGAUGAGGGUUAUAUACCGACAAAAGUACGCAUUAUUUUAUCUGUGUAUCUCCUCAUUGGCCAACCAAUGUUCACCCCCUUUAUGUAUGGAUUUAAACUCCCGAAGAUAAGACAGUCAUGUAAACGAUAUUUGUUUGAUAGAAAAUGA